GGGCCACAUUGUUUUUAUCUUCGAUUUCUUUUUUGCUGGUUCGCCUUCUGAUAAACCCAGCCACCAACGACAGGCAAACUACCCCGCCACAUGCUCCCCUGGAUUCGAGGCGGCCAAGGCGGCAUGGCUGAAAAAGCAACAAUUUGGCUGCGCUGGCGGUGGCACUUGAACUGCAAACACGUCUUGGCUCUCGAUCAACCGUCCAGCCACUCCGCAUCUUGCUUAUUUCCGGACACCGUACCAAGAACUUUGACGCGUGAAUACCUUUUAUUUGCAACCGUGACUUGCCUCGCCUUCCAAGAACUGGUCUCAUUGCUUUUCGGCGGAUUCUCUAGGCCUCCAAUAUUCACAAUGUCUCAUUCAUCAACGAGAAGUCUUUCUUUGCUGGCAGCCAGCGUGUCGUGUCGACAACCAACCUCAUGAGUAGUCAAGAUGUUGGACGACAACAAGAGGUUGGAUGAUGAGUGAUGUUGAUUAUAAAGUUGAUGCGACAAUGGUCUCCAUCAUGGCAUUAUUGGCCAGAAGAACAUGCCAAGCUGAACAUCGCAAAAGACCCUGAUCAUCCCACAGAUCCUGAUCAUCGCGCAGAUCUCACCAUUCCGGCACUAUCAGCACACUCGAGAGAUUUACAACAACAGCCAAAAUGCUUCGCCGCGCAUCAGUACUUCCUUUGGCCAUGGCCAUCUUUGGAACUGCGCAAGCUGGCUUCAAUCCGAGCAUGCAGGACAAUAUAGCCGCUUAUUGGGGACAAAAUUCGAUUGGCCGCCCGACAGGACAGGCAGGGGCACAAGAGGGCCUUGGUUAUUACUGCAAAAAUGUCAACGUCGAUAUCAUCCCCCUUGCAUUUCUCAACAUCAUCGUCAACCCCACCAACAUCAACUUUGCGAAUGUGGGAGAUCGAUGCUCCAAGUUUCCGGGGACGGACCUUCUCAAGUGUCCCGAGAUAGAAGCCGACAUCAACACAUGCCAUUCCCUCAAUAAGACCAUCUUGCUGUCGGUCGGCGGCGCAACAUACUCCGAGGGCGGAUUCCCCAACGUAGAAGCAGCCAACAAGGCCGCCGACAACCUGUGGGCCAUGUUCGGUCCUCCUCCUGCUGCCAGCACAAACGACGCCGCGACGGUCAACCGCCCCUUUGGCACGGCGUACAUUGACGGGUUCGACCUCGACUUUGAGACGCACGGCAUCAAGAACCUCGCCGCCUUUGCCCGCCGACUGCGGCAGGUCAUGGACACCGCCGCCCGGCCUGCCGCGGUCCUCCCCAGCGACGACAAGUCGUACCCGAUGGUCCCGUCGCCCAGCGAGGCGACCAAGAAGUUCUACCUCGCCGCCGCGCCGCAGUGCGUCUUCCCCGACGCGGCCAUGGACGCUGCGCUGUCGAGCGACGUGGCCUUUGACUUUAUCAUGGUGCAGUUCUACAACAACUACUGCGGGCUGCAAAACUUCCAGCCGGGCGCCGCGCAGCAAAACGCCUUCAACUUUGAGCGCUGGGACCAGUGGGCGCGCGAAAAGGGCCGCUCGACAAAGGUGAUGCUCGGCGUCCCCGGCUCCCCCAACGCCUCGGGCAGCGGCUACACGGCCGCGGGCCCGCUGGACGCCAUCAUCAAGUACUGCAAGCGCUUCUCGAGCUUCGGCGGCGUCAUGAUCUGGGAUGCGUCGCAGGUCUGGUCCAACAACGGCUUCCUGGACGGCGUGGUGAGGAGCCUGGGAGGCGCGGCCGCCACCGAGACCAGCGACGCCGAGGCGCCGCAGCAGGCAGGCAGGCCUAUCCAGCAGACCAGGGCCGUCAAGGUGCCCAAGUUUGGGAGGUGCGGUGGACGUUUGUACACGGGGCCGAGGGAGUGCGAGCAGGGAUCCAAGUGCGUCUAUGGCGGAGCCUUGUGGUCGGUGUGCGCAUAA